AUGCGGUUUCUUAUUCUGAGCGUGCUCUGCACCAUCCUAUUGCUGGGGACAAUGUCAUCGGCUUGGCCGUGGCGGCCCUAUGGAGCACUUCUGGGUGACUCCUUGGAAAAGCGAGCGGAUACCACAGACACAACAACUGCAGAAACUUCCGAAUCUACCACGGAUGCUUCCACUGUCUCCAAGACCUCUACUGGAACCAAUUCCCGAACCACCACAGCCACAAACACUGACACAAACACAAACACCGGAACCACUACUGCUACAAACACUGGCACAAAGACUGCCACCAGCACUGGCACAAACUCCGACACCAACUCCGACACCAUAACAGGCACUGCGACCGACUCGGAGACAACCGGCAAAACAACUGGCACAAAGACAACGGGAAAAAGCAAGACCACCGCUACAACCUCGAUCUCCAUUGACCCUGCUGCCGCUGCUGGCGGCGUGUCCAUGAUCACCCCCGCUUCCUCGUCCACGACAUACUAUAAGAUCGGCCAGGAUGUGACUUUUGUGUGGAACUACACCUCCCUGUUGGUUACGCCGUCUGCAGUCAACGUCGUGGCCUCGUGCAGUCUCAACUCGAUGACAUAUACGCUCAGUUCCAACAUGACUGUGAAGCAAACUGGAAGCCUCGUGUGGGAUACUGGAAAGUACCAGUCAUCGGCCACCAUUCCAUUGCUCACCGCAUCGUAUACUCUCAUCAUCUACGAUGCUAGCAGGGAAAUCAAUGACCCGGCGCGUGCGGGAUACCUGAGCUCGCAGAAUGGCGGCUACGUCUUCGGGAUGUACACUCCCCAGCCUUACACCCCACUCAACGAAUUCAAGUGCGCCACCUGCAGCGGCGCCCUCUCUGACACCAGUCGCUUAGCUAUCAAAUUUACCGUCGGCAUGGCCGUGAUCACCUUCGCUUCAUUCACCUGGUUUGCGGGCAGUGCUGGUGUUCUCGCCACUUGA